AGUAUAUAUGUAUGUAUAGUUUUUGUGUGUGUGCUCGUGCAAUUAUCUUUAAUUACAAUUCAAAUGCCAAGUCCAUUUCGAAUGUGCGAUUUAUGUGAACUCCUCCGUCAUGUGGCUCGGCCAUAAAAGCUGUGAAUAAACUGCGAGCGUAAACAAACGGAAUAAAAGAGGCUAGCAAAUAAAUCAAAGCAAAAAAAGCGGUCAGAAUUUAAAGGCGUGCCCCGGCAAAGAAUUUUGAUUUUUUGCCGACUUAAACUUUUUCUGAGCGUCUGCCGUAAUUUCAUUUUUCGGAGAGAGAGGCCGACAAAAUGUGCCGCUGUUGUCAAAACUGUUGGGAAGAUUUGUACUGGAAUUGCUUUGAAGAGCGUUUCUGCUAUGAUGAAUCAAUUGCCAAUUACAAUCCCGAGGAGGAUGAGGACUAUUUGGCGUCUAAGAAGAACGGCAUCAUUGUGGGCCGCUUGCAUCCGACGGCGGCGGACAACAACAAUUUGCUGACUGUACCGCAGCCCAUUUGCGAUCAGCCACUGCGACGUGGCAACUCUGGCCUGAUGAGUGGCAAGAUACACGAGGAGGACUAUCGACGCGAGACGCAGACAAAUGUGCCGAUGCUGGGCCCCGAAAUACUGGCGGUAUUCGCCAAUUCACAGAUCUUCCAGGACCACCAGCCCACCAAGCUCAACCGCAUCAGCACCAAGACCUAUUUGCCGGGCAUUCACUCCCCGAACAGCGAGCAGGAGCGUCUCAUCCGCCGCUUGGAAGCUGGUCUGCAAGCUGAUGCCACGGACUCGACAAAAGCGAACGCGACCGGCGACGUAGUUGUCCCCGAGAAGCGAAUAACCUUCACCCUCGCACCGGACUCCUCGCCGGAGGGCAGUCAGACGCUGUCACCGAAAAAGUUUGAAGUCAUUGCCGAGGAGGAGAAGGAGGACGAGAAGGAUGACACCGAGGAGGUGAUCUUGCGGCCGCGCCUCAUCGACAGACGCCACCAUCUGCUGCCAGCCCCCGGCAGCGUGACUGCAACGCCCAAACGGACCUUGCGAUCGGCCAAGAGCGUUCCGCACUUCAAUGUCCGGCCAGCGGCGAGUGAGACGGACAUCUUUGCCAUCACCGGGACCGGCAGCCAGAUCAGCAUGACUCCGGAGGUGCCCUCGAUUUCGUUUAGCAACCUGCCCAAGAACUACGAGGACACGCCCACCAUCGAAAAGUACCGGGUCUCGCAGAGCCUCUACUCGAUACAGACGGCGAAUGCGGCGCGCGCCACGCAGGACGACUACUCGAUGCCACGCUAUUUCAGGCGCUCGGCCAUGCUCCUGACGCAGAGCACGGAAGUGCUGCCCGGCUCUGCAUCGAUGGCCUCGAUAAUGACAUCGAAUGCAUCCUCUUCGUCCUCCAAGGACGAGCUGCGUCGACCCGAGAAGGAGAAGAGCAAGCGGUUGCAAAUGCUACGCGGAAACCUGCCGCCCUUGCUCAUACACUCCGUAUCCUUCAAGCGAAACCGCGAGGAGGGCAAGCAGAUGGAUUAGUCCACAACAUUACUUACCUUAGCGAUACACAUACUGCAUGCACAUAAAUCUAUAACCAAGGGGGAUUUGUUCAAUAUACUAUAUCUAUCCAUCUAUCUACAUAUCUACAAGGUGGGUUCCAAAGUAAACAGGACUUAAAAAAAAAACAACAAAUGGUUUUU